UUAUUAACUGUCACAUUAGUUUUUCACUUGCAUAAGUAGGUAAUACCUAUUUUUCUGAGGUAAUGACUUAGUGUAUUCAUCAGUGUUUAUAAUUCCUCUUGGAGAAACAGGCUAAAUAUGCAAUAUUUGCUUCCUACACAUGUAAGAUAUGGGGGGGGGGGGGAACCUGGGAUUAAAGACCAAGGUUCUCUGAUUUCAUUGUUACCUUUCCAGAAUCGAUUAGAGAAAAGGAUUGAGACCAGACUCAACUACAGAUGAAUUGUGCAUUCAUAGUGGAAUUGGCUUUUGUCAUUCAUUUACUAUUCAGUUCUAUUGUCAUUGGCUUCUAUUAAUGAAGAUAUUUCUUAUCAAAUACCUAGUCUUAACUCUGAGCUUAUAUGCUGUUCCAAUUUUAUAGAUAAUUUGUGUUAGAAUGAAAUAUUGGAUUGUCAGAUUUCGUUGGGUAGAUAAAAUGAAUAUAUUUCAUUGUAGCAUGUAACUUUCAGUGACCUGAAAGAAUAAUAAAAUUUGGUUUAGUAUUGAAUUUUCAACAUUUUCUCAUGUAUAAAACUGUAUCCCACCAUCAUAUAUUUAGACUUAAAAUCAGAAGUUAUUGUGUCAUAAUUGUUAAAUAUUUGUAAAUAAAGGAAUACUUUUUUAAAUUUAGCAAAAUAUAAUGGCUUUUCUGUAUCAACUUGUUUACACAGGGCCAUGUGUUUAGAUAUUAUUUUAACUGACAUUUCCUUAAGGAACUCUUACUAUAUCCUACAUUCAAAUUAUUUUUUUACUGCUUAGCUAUUGUCCUAAUUUAUCUAAAAUUGUUCUCUGAAACUUUCUGAAAACAUAACCAUUUUUCAAAAAUACCCCUUCUCUAUGCUUGUGGAAUAUUUUCCAGAAAUUUCAAUGCCAGAUUCCUUUGAGAGGUCCUGAUUUUUAAAAAGCAAUAAUAUUUCCUUGACCUAUCAAAAUUAAGUUGUACCAUGGUAUAUGGGUCACAUAUUUGUUUCAGUAUGGGAAUUGUUGUCUCCACCAUCUCCAGGUCCCAGACUGAAAGAAGCAUAGUACCUGCAGCAGGAUCUUCUCAGUUGGAAUGGUGGAAACUGAAGGGGACUGGGGAAAAUCUGCUGUGCCUUUAAAAAUGUCAGUGUGGAGAGGCAGACUGGCCUCCUCUCCAUUCAUUCACUGGUCCGAGAGCUCAGUUCCCCUCUUCAGAGAUGCAACAUAAUCCUGUAUUCAAAAAUGUGGGUGUAUGAUUCUGUUCUAAAUUGUUUCUAGGAUAAAAGCUUGAAAACCUGCAGCCACUCCGUUUGAAAAACUGCAUAGCUACAGUUCUUAUAGGAACUGAAUCAGAUUUUUAAUUAUGUAGAUUACUUAAACUUUUGGUUUUGUUGGAUUGCUAAAAUAGGUGGCCAAUUUUUUAGCAUAAUUCAGUUGAAACACUCUGCUUUAUCAAAUGUAUGAGUGAUGGUGAAGAAUUUUAAAAAUGAUAAAUAAUAACUAAACUUUACUUGGUGUUUUAUAGGCGAUAAGAUUCUCUCAGAUUUUUCCAUUUGUCUGACAUGAGUUAGGUGUUAUAAUCUUUAUGUAAAGACUGUGAACCAGAAGAGCUGACUGACUGGUCUAUGGAUGAAAAAUGUUCAUUUUGUAAUCUACAGAGAGAAGCAGUCAGUGAUUGUAUACCAUCCCUUGAUUCUUCACAGUCAACACCGACGGAGGAGCUAUCAUCUCAGGGCCAGUCCAACACUGAUAAGAUUGACUACCAAGCAGAAAAUUACCUAAAUGCACUCUUUCGAAAGAAAGGUAAUACUGAUCUCCCUCAGAACUGUGAUCCUAACAUUCCCCUAGUUGCUCAGGAAUUAAUGAAAAAGAUGAUACGUCAGUUUGCAAUUGAGUACAUUUCAAAAAGUGGUAAAAUUCAAGAGAAUAGAAAUGGUUCAAUUGGACCAAGUGUCGUAUGUAAAAGUAUCCACAUCAAUCAAGCAGAGAACUCCCUUCAGGAAGAACAGGAAGGCCCCUUAGACCUCACUGUGAAUCGAAUGCAGGAACAAAAUACUCAGCAAGGGGAUGGAGUGUUAGAUCUCUCUACAAAGAAAACCAGCAUAAAAUCUGAAGAGUCAUCCAUAUGUGAUCCUUCUGAAAAUUCAAUGGCUGGUUCAACUGUUGAUGCAAAAUCAGAGGAAGCUACUAAAAUGGAAAGAGGAAAAUCAGCAUUAAGCAAAGUUUUGGAAUCUUUGUGCAUACAUCACCAGCAACAAGUUUUGGCUAUGUUGAAAUGUCUAGUCCAAGAGCAGAAUGCUGCUUCUCUUUUUUGCUGUAAUGCAUCAUGUGCUGUGUCUUCAGAAUCUCAAAAGCCCCUAAUUGGAGAUGACUUACAUAGUCUGCUUUGUAGUUGUGAAUAUAGACUGGCAGAAAGAGGGUGUUUACAAAAUGAAAGACAAAGUCCUGGUUUAGGGCCUCUGCCAGUCUGUAUUAAAGAUUUACAUUGUUUAUCUUGCCAAACUGUAACUGUUGAACACAUUAAGAAAGUAGUGAAUAGAGAAAUUGCAAAUGGUUAUAAUUCUCACAGGUGCUGUUCUGGACCACAACAAAACAUUCACUCUACAAAUUCCACCUUUCAUAGUCCUGUUUUGGCGAGGGAAGCGUGUGAUCUUUCAGUAACUCUUAAAGGUGUUUGUAGAUCUCGAAGUCCCUCACCUCCACCAUUAUCACCUGUACACACUGAAGGAAUUGAAAUAUUAAAGGAUGUCAUCUCAGAGCUUUCAAGCUUAGAAAAUAACAAACUUGAAACAAAUAUUAACCAGCCUCCAUCUCUCACACCGGCAGAAAUAAGCAGCAACAAGGGUGACCAUGAAAGUAAAACAUACAAAACUAAAAAAUUAAGUAACUGUGAUUUUUCACUCUUGGAUGAUAGCAAUAAUUGUACCAUAAAUCAUGAAAAAGGUGAAACUGCUGUAAUUUUUCAAGAUUUAAUGGAUCGCAUUAAUGAAAAAUUAAAGUCAAUAGAAACCACAGAUACAGCAAACCUUAUAAAAUUAUCUAACAGUGAUUGUAGUACAGAUUAUGAUUUGAAAUUGGGAGAUUUAAUAACUUCUCUCUUGCACAAUGCAAAGGCCAGUGAUUACAGUUUUAUGGAAUUACUGAGUCAACACGAUAAAAACACAGAAAAUAAAACUAUUCAGACAAGAUUUCGAAAGCGUCAAGAAACCUUACUUGCGAUGCACAGGUCUCCUAACUCACCCGUAUUGAGAAGGCAGUCUGUACAGAUGAAAAGGCAACUUGCCAGUCUUGAUGAAAGUUUUGUAAGAAAGAAAUACACUGAAAAAAAUUCAAGGAAGUUGAUGCACAGUGACAAGAUAUUUUCAUUGAACAAAGAAGAGUUCUGUCAUUACCAAGGGCCUUUCUUACAAAAUUCUAAAAGCUCUGAAGUUAAAAAUCAUGCAGAAACAUCGUUUUCAUCAAAUUAUGCAUUUCAGUCUUUACAACUACCUCUUCACAGUGUAGAAACUAAUUCGACUUUUGAUGCAUUUUCAGAAAGCUUUAAAACAACUUCACUUGAGAAAAUGAACAUAAGAAAAUUACAGGAGAAAUCUGCAGCUGGAAAAAUGAUUGUUCAGAAUCAUCAGGAGAAUCCAAAAUUAGAACAUACUCCAAUUCCUUUAAGAAGUGAUGUGCCUGGACUUCUGAACAGAACUAAACGGAAUAUUGUGCCUCCAGGGUGGUACUCUAUAUAUGUAACAAAUAAUUAUGUUUUCAAAAAGUCACCUAAGACUAAAAAAGUGUCCGAAUCCACAAGAAGAAAAGAACUAGUGAAAAACAUUCAAAUCGAAAGCUCACACAAUAUAGACCUAAACAAAAUUGCAAUGACUUCUAAUUUACAAGUUGUUGUGGAACGUUUGGAAGAUACAAUAACCAUGGCCAAAAAAUCUUGGGAUAAUCAGCCAUUAUCAGAGGGAUAUAAAGCAUCUAAGAAGUUGAUAGAAGUUGAUGGUAAAGACCCCAAAGCUGUGCGAAAUAUAAGUCUUACUCUAAGUAGAAUGGCUUGCAAAGAGCAGAGUGUUUCGAAGCCUGUGGUCACAUCUGACAGUAUUGUCAAAAGUCAUUCUGUGCCUACAAUGGAUUUGAAUAACAAAAGACUUGAUAAUCUGAAAAAGACUUCCACUUUAGAUAUGGGUACAUUUGUUUCCAAUUUUGAAAAUUUACCAAAAAAAUAUGAAGGUGUUGAAAGCUCUUUUCCUAACUAUUCUAGUCCUGUCAAACUCAUGUUUUUAUCUGAGGUUAAAAGCAAUGAAGGAGUCAAAUAUACUUUAACUUCAGUUGGUACUUCUCAGUCAAGUACUAGUGUUCCUCCUGAAAAACUUAUGACCCAUCGUGUAACCGCGAAAAAAAGAGAAGCAAAUGAGGAUAUCCCAAAUGCUAGCUUUGAAAAUUUAAGUUCUAAUCAUUACAAUGAGGACAUACUUCAAAGGGAACUAAGUGAAUUUAAUUGCACAAAAGAAGCUCCAGAAUCUUCUGAAAUGUUUAUUAAUGAUGUGAAUAGUGAUAAGCCACAAGAAGGAUCUAAGGAAAAUUCAAGUGGUAUUAUUGAUUCAUCUUUUAAAAGAAAACCAGGUAGACCUAAAAAAAUAGGACCCCAAGUUGUGAAACAGGUUAAGAGACCAAUUGGAAGACCACCAAAACCUAAAAUGGAUCAAACAAACAUCACCAUUUGCCAAAAUGAGUCCUUUAAUGCUGGAAGGAGAAGCUCAGAAUCUCUCAUAUCAGAAGUAAAAGACGGUAUUUACAAAAAGAGUAUUACAGUAACUGUGAUUUAUGGCAGGUCAAGAAGAACUAGAAGGCAUGUUUCUGAAGGAAAUGUAACCAGAAGCAAUACUAGAUCUUCAAAUAAUAAUGCUGCUGAUUUUCCAACUGAAUAUGAUAGUCUCAGAAACAUUAGAGAACAUGAAAUUGACUUAAAUGAAAGAGUAAGUGCAGUGUCAAGCUUGACCGCUGAAAGUGAGAUCUUGCAGUCAGGCUUUGAGUAUGUUAGACCUAUCAAAAACAAGUCUGUGGUACCUCAGCCUUCCAAGAACAUUAUUCGGCCCAAUCAGAAGCCUUUGACAGUCAUAAGGAAGCCUGGUAGGCCUGCAAAAGUGAAAAUCUCUGGCAUAUCUGUGACUAUUAAUAGAAUUUCACCUCAGGAAAGAGAAGUAAGUAUUAGCAGCUGCCUGCCUCCUCUAGAUCAGGAGAAUGCAUUAGAAAAAUCUCUGCCUGAAGACAAGUUUGAUCAAACAUGCAAUAAAAUGGGUAACUUGAAGCACACUGCCGUUGACAUAUGUGAAAAUGGAUCCCAAAGUAUGGUUAGUACUAUACCUUUGAGACAGUCUGUUAGGGAUAGAAAACCAUCUCUGCAUUUCUUACAUUCAUUAGCAUCUUCUGGCUCACUUAUUUAUAGAAAUUCUGUGCUUCAUAAGUCAUACAAGCUCCAUUUGCAGAAAGGUAAAAAUCAGAAGGAAAAACAUCAACAGCCAGGGUUAAAAAUAACUUCCAAAGAUACCCCAAGAACUAGAUGUUCAAGGAAUGCAAAAAAGUGUUUGGACAGUAACAAAUCUGUACCCACUAAAGAAGUCGCCUUGGACCCAAUAAUCUCAUCCAACCCUCUGCUCAGGUGGUGGGCCACUUCUACUUCAAAUGAUUCCCUAUUACAGGAGUUGAACAACAGAUUUGAGCAAAUAACAAAUGCCUGGGUGCAAGUGAGUGGCGAUGAAGCUGAAAAUUGCAUUCAUAAAAAAAAACAACAUGUUGAAAAUGAUAAUUUCAAAGUAGCAAAACCUUUAGAAACUUGUCUUUUAGAACUUGAAGUUUCACCUGUAAAGAUGCUUUUUCAGAAAAAGUAUGAUUUGAAUGAACUCUCCACCUGGUUUAUGCAAACAACAGAAACACAGUCUCUUUCACUGGUUAGGAAAGCAAAUGCUCGAAACCCUUUGGAGGUAAUAAACACUAGAGGAAUUAAAUUAGGUACAAAAUAUUCUGAUUUUAACAGCCCCUUUAGAAAACACUUUAAAAAAUUUGCACUCUCUUCUCCCUCAAAGUCAGCAGGAAAGCUACACAUACUGCAUAAAAUGGUCAGCUCUCCACUUUUAAAUAUUAAGAGUAAUUUAACACUAGCUAGAUUGAAAAGGACUGAGUUGAAGAGGUUACAUCAUGAAAGGUGGAGAAGAGAGGGUAAGCUGCAGAAACACGGAGCCGUUGAUUGGAACUCUCAAAGGAGGAACUUAAGGUUUUACUGCCAAAAUCAGUUUUUAGGUAAGAUUGGGGGGAGGACAAGUACCGACACCCCACUCCACGGCAAGCGACCCCUGGCUAAGCAGUGUAUUGUGCCGUAUGAGAUGAGAGAGGAUUUUUCGCAGCAACAGGUGGCAGUUUCUCACUUGAAAGCACAUAGUAAUCUAGAGAGUAAAUUUAAGUCAGAAGCAAAGGAGAAUGGGACAAAAUGCAGCCAAAAAGAUUUUGAAAAGGGAUCAAGACUAGGAACUGUGUGCUCAAAUAAUUGGAGGUCAAAAACGUUAAAAGAUUGUAGAAUAUUUUUGAGAAAGAUCAAUUAUCUUGAACACAGAAAUACUUUUAAACUAAAUACAAUAAUUUACUCUCCUGAAUCUGUUGACAAUGGAAGUAAUCUUCAGACUCAUUUAGAAGAAUCAAAGCGCUUUACUUUAAGGUCCCAUUCUGCUAGGCAAAAUUCCUUUAAAACUAAAGAGAUAGAAAAUGAUAAAGCUAACAGUCCUUCAAAUGAUAAAUUUGCCGACCAGCUUGACAAUAAUAAAUUAAGCAAAUUGGCUAACUUUGACAAGAACUCUCCUGACACUUCUGAAGUUCUUAGCAAAUUGAACAAAAGAAAAAGACCACCAUGGAAGACCACAGAAAUAUCAACAAAAAGACAUAAGCGACAGUCUUGCAACAGUGGACAAAUGGCAAACUAUUUUUCAAAAUCCCAACUAGGUAAGUUGUUCUCUACUUAAUUUUACAGUUUCAUUGUAGGUGCCUUGAGUAAAGUACAAGUUAAUAGGUAGAAAAGAAGCAGCUGGUUUGGUUUUAUUUCUUAAAUAUUUAAAACAACCUAAUUUCUUGGCACCUAGUUUGAAACUCAUGUAAUUAGGUGUUAUCAAAUGUGCUACUGCACUUCCCCACCUCUUAAUGUAUCCAGACUUUCAAUCACAUACAAACAUGUUUAAUAUAGAGACAUAGUUUCUUUAAAAUUUAUCAUUAAUGUAAAAGUUACUUUUUCUUCUUUUGCAUUUGAUAAGUUAAUUAAAAAUCAGAAAAAAAUGUUUUAUUAAAAAAGACCAAGUAAAUAUCUAAAAUCAUUAGAGGCCAAUGUAUGUAUUUAUUGAUAAUAAUGUCUCAGAUAUAUAGAAAAAAUAAAAACUGCUUUAUUGCUAAAAUAAUGUAACAUAAUCCUUGACUGUCAGACUCACGUCCCACGAUCGAAUUCGUACAACACCUGGUACCUCUUUGAAAUUCACCUUAUUUAAAUAAAUGACAAAUAAAUAAGACUUGCCUUGUUUUGAAGAAUGAUACAGUAUUUGUUUUCACUAAAUUAGCAAUUUAUUGAAAGAAAUAGAACUUAUAAGGAGAAUUCUUAUCCACUGAUAAGCUAUAUUGAGUUAUAGGCAAGUUAUUGCUAUAUAAUACUAAUUUUAGAAUAGCAAGUAAUUAUGUGCUUUGCUAAGUUAAUAAAAAACUGACAUUGAUGCCUAAGGGAGACUUUCUAACUUACCAAAAUGUGAAACUAUCACUGACAACACAGCAGUUUCCAACUCCGUGCUGUCCGUGACAUGAGAGACAUGCAGCAGUUGCUGGAGUGGUUAUGGGUCACUUGCUCAAGUGAGAGAGCGCUGGGUCACAUUUGUCACUUGAUUGCAUCGUUACAUACAUCUUACGGUUUUGGAGUGAUUGGGAAGUUUGGUGUCUAUUUUUGUUACCUUGAAAACAAAUAACAUCAGGUUUUAUGUUAAAAAGCAGUCAUUAAGUUCUAGAAUUUUAAUAAAUGAUUUUAUGUCCCCAUUUAAAUUAUUUAACUGAAUAACUUUACCUAUUUCAGCAAUACUUAGUAAUUAAUGAUUAAAAGCUAAUUCAGAAAUUAAAAUUUUAAAGGUAGUCAAAGGAGUCUGUUAUGGAAGUUGAAUCAGAACUGAAAAUAAUGACCUUUCUUAUCCUUAGCAACACUAAAAUCACUAUAGCCAAUUAGAAUAAAAACCCAGUGGUAAUUUAAAAAAAAAAAAAACCUUAUAGUUUCCCUGACAAUAAUACACUAAUACACACAUUUUUUAAAGAUCAUCAUGAGUAGAGAAUAAAAUAUGAAGUUUCAUUUUUAAUUCUUUAUAUCAUCCUCAUUUCAUGCUUUGACUGUUUACCAACAAUAAUUUGUAUUUACACAUUUUACAACAGAACCGUAUUUUGUCCUUCAAUAUUCUGAACCAUUCUUCUCAGAAAUAACCACAAAAUGUGUUUUUAAAUUAACAUUGCAUGAAACAUGAAAUCAUCCUAUACAAGUAUAAAGGAAGAUGCCUAAUU